UCCCGUCAUUACGCGCUUUCUAACUACGUUCCAAAACCGAAUUAAAACUUAAGAGUUCCCUUUCCUUCCCGAUUCUUCUCAUAACCGAUUCCAAUCAGAGCUUGUAGAUCAAACCGGGCAUGACGACGAGUCCCGAUAACCAGAAACCGGUCGAACCUUCCGACAUCGAGGCGCCAGCGGCACCGGCGACUGAAACGUCGACGUUUUCCGCGAUCACUCAGAGAUGGAAAAGAGAGGACAUGAUAAAGAAAGCAUCCCCGAUCAGUAGAGGGAUAGCUCUUAUCUUCUCCCUCCUCGCCUUCUUAAUCAUGGUCUGUAACAAACACGGACCCGGUAGAAACUUCGACGAGUACGAAGAGUACAGAUAUGUAGUGGCGAUCGCGAUCACCGCAACGUUGUACACUGCGUGGCAAACGUUCGUACAUCUCUCCAAAAGAGACUUCUUUGAUCGCCGGACUUCCAUUUUCGUCGAUUUCUCCGGCGACCAGAUAGUAGCGUAUCUUCUGAUAUCAGCUGCUUCCUCUGCGAUUCCGUUGACCAAUAGGUUCAGAGAAGGUCAAGAUAACAUUUUUACCGACUCUGCUGCUUCGGCUAUCACGAUGGCUGUACUCGCCUUUGUUUCUUUAGCUCUCUCUGCUCUCUUCUCCGGUUACAAACUCUCCACUACUCAUUCUUUUGUCUGAAUGAAUCUCCUACUUUAAGCCUCUCCUCUGCUUCUCCGUGUUGAUGUAUGUGAUAUUUGUAAAUGUCAUUCUUUUAUGUGUGUGCAUAUAGCUGCUCUUUCACUCUCUGUAUGUUCUUCAUUGAUACUUUUGGAAGCUGUAUCCGGAGCAAUGUAAAUUAUUGGGUUAUUUGAUA